AUGCGCCGCUGCUUCCUCUUUGCCUUCUACGCGAGCGGUGCGCUGCUUGUCACUUCUUCUGUCGUCGCCCCGGAUCCAGGAGAAGCACAGACCACGGCACCUGGUACUCAUGCAGUGGAGUAUGAGACUGGCCAGACACUGCGAGGGGCUCGUCCGUUCGUUGAGGGAGAACAAGAAGAUCGGAGUGGACCAUCUGAGCCAUCAGUCUUCACCAGACUACUUAAUCACGUGAGAUCACCCAGGGCUAAAGCGCAAUUCGAUGGCGCUCUUCUCAACGCGCACGAAAAGAUCGAUUCGGCAGCGAUGCGUUAUAAAGAGAUCGAGUUGGCGGCGACGCGGGAUGGCGAGAUCGAGCCGGCAGUGAUGCGAAAUGGCGAGAUCGAGCCGGCAGUGAUGGAAAAUGGCGAGAUCGAGCCGGCAGUGUUGCAAAUUGGCAAGUACGAGUUGGCAGAGGCGCUUGAAAGCAAGGCGGACUCGACGGUGACGCUUCAAUAUAUUAACAGCGUUGUCGAAGCUAUUUCGAAGGCAGAGGGGGAGGCUCGCCAGAAGCUCGAGACGUUACUGCAUGACGCAGUGGUCCAGUUCGUCUCAGAGCACCCUGUUCAACCCAAGUACAAACAUGAAUUCUCGAAAUUUAUGAGUAAGCACAGAGAACUGAUUGUCCGCGAAGACAAGGAGCUCGGGCCGAAGAAUCUUGCUCUCAUGUUCGUGACCGCAAAGAAACAGGACAAGAAGUUGACGAAGAAGGCAGACGGCUGGGAGCCCGUCCUGUUCAGCCAUUGGUACAUGAAUUCUAGAACCCCUGAGGUCAUGAAAAAAACAUUUGCGGAAGCCGGACCUUCAGCGUUUGGUAGUGACGAUGAAGCACAAGCGAUAUUAUCGAGGUACGCAGUCUUCUGUAAAGCUCUCGGGAGGUAA